ACUUCCUGCAGAGGGACACACAAACAACAUUAAACAAACCCUCACCGAGAUUAAAAUCAUCGUUUUGCCGUUCCACUUACAGACACAUACACAAAAGCACAACCAUCAUGUCGAUGUCAGCGGCGCAGGCGAGGACAACUCUUAAAGAGGUAAUGCAAUACGCUGAGGAAAGCAUCCACUACGAAGACGACGGGGAACUUGAACUACUAACGGAGAGAGUGCCCAGCUACUUCGAAGUCAGAGUGAACAUUCGUGCAAGCAUCACUGUGAACGGAGAGGAGUCGCUCAGAGCAUGGAUGCUAUUGGCACGGUUCACAGAGACGCGUGAUUUGCAUGUAGACGACAGUGCUGAUACCGGUGCAUACAGCUUGAGAAAAGUGGUUGGUUGGAUGUGCACAGAAGGGAUGUCUGUUGAAGGGGACGUGGAUAUGACAAAGCAACAGCAGGGCGGAACAUACACAACAACUGAUUUCAAGAAGAUGCUCAUGACACAGGCGAGGAAAUGGGGAAUGCUUGUUGAAGAUUCUAACGAUGAGAUGAAGAGCGGUGCAACAGAAAUUCUGUUGCUGUCGCGUUUGAAGGACAUACCGCAAGCUCCCCCGCAAGACUUCCAAGAUCUUCCAGUCAUUAUUGCAAACGGGGUGGAGUAUGUUUUACUCGACCAGCUGGUGGAUUUCAUGCAAAAGAGUCCUCRGGAUCGGAAUGUCAUACAUGAGGCAUUGCAUGAUGUGACAGAGCAAGCACUGGCGGGCAAGGACCUCGUUAACUACAAGGUGCGGACUGUGGAAGAGGAUGUCAUAUAUGGAACUCCAUUAUGGGAUGGAAUAUUCAUGGAAGUUUUGCAUCGCCUCACCAUCGCGACUUCUGACGUGGACAGAAAGAGGUCAAGGGAGGAAGGAUGGAAGUUGAUCGCAAAGGAAGCAGAUGUUGCACUUCAAGCUGCAGAUGGACACACUUCAUCAGGGGAAGAAAUUGACAGAACAGUCUCCUUCGUGCGUGGGAGCAUCAUCACAGUGUCCAGGGAGGAGGUUGAAGAAGAAAAUGUGUUCAAUGAGUGGACAAUGAUAGAACAACAACGGCGACGAGGGUUCAAAGACUCUUCUUUACCAAUCGAUUUUGACUAUGACAUUGAAGAAACAACAGUGAGGAACAAUGAAAAAGAUGCGAAGCCGCCAACAUAUGAGGUGGAAGUGAGUGGCAGCGAUGUGAGCAGCGACGAGGAGGGUGAGGAGUAUGAUGCGUACUGGGAUAUUGAAGCAGGAGGAGGGCAAGCAUCUAAAGGGUGGGCACAUGCGAUUCUCAGGUUGGCACGUGUUUUCCGUAAUCCCCAUUUACUGUUGUGUGUCGUGCUGAAGGAGGCAACACCUGACGGCGCACUCCAGUAUGCAGCACUGACGACCAUUAUGAGAUCAUGCUCGAAUGGAAAAAGAUGGUCACUCAUCGCCAAUCAGAAGGUUUAUGUCGCGAAAGCGGGAUGGCAGGGGCGGAUCAAGAGUACAUCGCCAAAGCUGCGUCGAAUAAGCAAUGAACUGCGAACAACAAGUGUUGUUCUCAUCCCUGUGAAUCACGAAAACCAUUGGAAAUUGCUCUUGCUACUGAAUGUCGGCUAGUUUUUGGCAGUCACGGAGGACAACAAUUGCCAGAAACGACCUGUUGCGAUUGUCAUCGAUUCCUUUCAACAGAGCGUCCGACAGGA